AUAUGUGACAAUUCGAGAAUUGUCGAGAAUUAGCGGAAUACGAGAUGAGGACGAGUGUACGGUUGACGGAAUGAGCGUCUUCAGUUCUACUUUAAAGAAUCACGCUAAUUUGGAAAUUAAUACUGCAUCUAGAACUACUAUAUUUACCUCCAGGAUUUAAGCUCUGUAGUUUUACAAACAACUUGUUAAAUAAGGAACGCGAUAUUUCAGCAAGCGAAAAUGCAAUCGAUGCAAAGCAUGCAAGCCAUGCAACAGGAGCAGCAGCAGCUGCAGCUGAGAAUGGAUCAGCUGCACACAGCGCUGGCCGCUAUCAAAGUGCUCCGUUCUAAUGUCGGGCAAGUGUUCGAUUCUCUUGGAAAUGGCCUGCGCGCGGAACACGGGGAGGAGGGUAAAGAGUCCAAGUAUUUGUUCGAGUUACAGGAACUGUUGACCACCGUGAAUCUUAACCUGAGGGACGUAGAACAGGCGGUAAAUAGUUUGACUCCCCCACCUGGUCCGUUCAAUUUAGCCAGCACGACCUAUCUUAGCCAGGAGACCACGCAGGAAAGACAGGCGCUCUACAGUACUCUCGUUAACAGUUACAAAUGGACGGACAAGAUUCAUGAAUACAGUAACGUUGCCCAGGCCUUGCUCAGUCAAAACUCGCUAAAGAGAUCUUACAUGAGUUCAAGUAGAACGAAGAGGGGAAGGUAUCAAACCAGCAAUCAUAACGUGCCUGCCACACAAGUCGACUCUAUGAUAGCGACGUUCGACCGACUGUUUAGCGACAUGACGAUAACCGUGUCUCGUCCGUUUGCGUCGAAUGCAGUGCUGCACAUUACCCUGGGACACGUCCUGAAAGCGGUGAUACCGUUUAAGGGAUUGAUGAUCGAGCGAGUGGUGGUCAAGGGCUACGUCGAGACGAUGGACCUGUGGACGGAGUCUAGGCACAAGGUCUUCCGCAAAGUGACGGAGAACGCGCACGCCGCGAUGUUGCACUUCUACUCGCCUACGUUACCCGAGUUGGCGGUGCGAUCGUUUAUGACAUGGUUUCACAGUUUGAACAAUUUGUUCAGCGAACCGUGCAAGCGCUGCGGCUUGUAUUUGCACAGUGCGCUUCCUCCGACUUGGAGAGACUUCCGAACUUUGGAGCCGUACCAUCAGGAGUGCAAACCAUAAGAUACCUCAUGUUUUUAGAUAAAUAAUCAAUCUCUGCAGACUGCAGGUACUUCAUCGAUGGUGUUGCAAUAACAAACCGUAAUGAUAUUUGAUACCUAUAUUUAUUUGGAAUGUAUUUAGUUGGAAUAUUGUGUAUAUAAUGAAAUGAUAAAAUUGUGAUUAAAAUACUCUUUUUUUUUAUCUAUCUCAAUACAUGGCACGCUCAUUGAUCUCGCGCGUAAAUGUUGUUCAUUGAGGGAUGGUGACGAGGCAAAGUAAAACAUUUUCACAGAGAAUGUAAGGGCUUUUAUAAAAAGAAUUCAAUUACAUAACACUUAAUAAAUGCAAGUCGCACAGAACAUCGCGCGUUCUAUGAGAGAGAAAUUGCAAAGUAUAUCAGAGACGGUACAUUAAUCCGAAACAACCGUACGUGGUCGUAUCACGCGGCACUGCCGAUCGUGCUCGAGGAUAGGAAAGCUGAUUAAAUGUACGACUAAGAUUCUCGUUUAUAGACCUGUUAAUAGUGACGCUUUUGAAUUCCCACAACGAACUUAUAAUAUUUUACACAGUAAAAAUAGACGCCCCCUUUUUUUCCCGUUGCAGAAGCAGAUACGACGAAAGGAAAAGUAAUAAUCGAACUUGAUUAUCGUUCAGCGGAGAGAGAAUUGAUGUUAGUGCUAACUUUUUUUAAUAUCCGUAAUAUACAAAUGAGCGGGCGCGUAAACGUUUUUUUUUUCUUUUUCCUUGAAGUAGCUCUGCGAUCAAUUUUUCUUUUUU